AUCAGACGACAGCGAGCGUGUGUGCGUGCGAGUGUGUGUUUUUUUUUAUUUCCCUUUUUCUUUCUUCUUCUUCAAUAGAAAAGAGAAGAAAAAAAAAAACGGAUGUCGCGCCGAAAACAGCCCAGACCUCGGCCGUUAAAAGCCUCCUCGAGCACUGACGACGGAGAUCUCUUCAAUGAAGUAGGUCUCGCCUCUGGUGAGCAGGAAGCAGAUGGUGCUACCCUUGAAGGGAUGCAGAUAAAAGAACCUUCCAUGGGAGAAUACCGAGGUCAAGGCACUUACCUUACACGAGUUCCUUAUGAAGGGCCCGUCGGCUUUACAGGCGCUCAGGUAUCAUCACCGGCUUCAAGUUUCUCUGGAUUCUCAUCGCCCUACACCGCCAUCCCACCAAACUUUCUGUUCCCCGGCCCAUCCGCAUUCACGGCGCCCCCUUCCUCGUACCUUCCCUCGCCAUACACUGAGCACGAGGAGAUGGCGAGGCAGAAGACGUCGCCCGGGAAGCGGCCGCCGAGGGACGACACAUGGAAGCCGAAGAAAUGCCAGGUUUGCCUCCAGAACCGCCUACAGGACACCAAACCCAGGUCCCCCGUGGAGAAGGAGGAGUAUUUCAUUGAUAAUGACGGGACGCUGACCAUCAAGAACGGCGUCUGCCCCCGGCGCCUUGCUUUACGCCUCUUUCAAGAGGUGCACACCAAUCGUGUCAAGUAUGAGGAUCUACUCGGGGAAAACAUUGUCAAAUUCCUUCUUAACCUAAGGCAAAUUGUCGAAAAGCAUCAAGACAAAUGCCCAGACGAGGAGCCAGCGUUUCUAAUCACUACCAACAAAGUGCUGGAGAAACACGCUUCUGGCUCGUAUCGCCCCGAAAGACUUUUAGAAUCUCUCAAGAGGUCCCAUGAGCUCACUGAAAGCUCUCCAAAUAUCCUAGAAGCAGCCUUACCUCGCAUCAAACGCGCAUUUCAAGCAGGGGAAGAGAACUCGCAGACCCCAAACAAACACUCAAAUCGCAGUUCGCCGCCGAAACUGGUACAUCAGAGCCAGGAGAUAGCGGAUCUGUCCGACAGUUACUCCCCUGCACACGACGCUUUAAGCCCCAUGGACUUUGACGUCGGCAAAAGAGCUGGGUCUGACAGAGGAGGUUCCGAGACAUCGUCGAGAGUUAACAGUCCUGCCCCAUCAUUGUCCAGUAAUACGUCAGGUUUAAGCAAUACAAAGAGGGGCACUAAGAUCCUUCCUGUAGCCUCCACUGAUGGACAAACAAAGUACCUCUGCCCAGUGUGUAACCUGGACUUGCCUAAUGACCAUGAGCUCACCGUUCACAUCCGCUCCCACAAUCAAACUGGGCACCAGACCACACCCAACACCUGCACCAUCUGCAAGAAGACCCUCAGUUCUCAGAGCUCCCUUGACCGUCACAUGCUUGUCCACUCAGGUGAGCGUCCAUUCAAGUGUAAAAUCUGUGACAUGAGCUUUACUACCAAUGGGAACAUGCAUCGCCAUGCUCGUAUCCAUGGCAAGAAUGAGAAGAAUGGUACCCCCAUGAUGAAGCCCACCCCCGGCCGCAAGCCCAAGCCCCAGCCUGAUGACAGCCAACUGGGCAGCUCUAGUAGAGUGAUGCCUCCAUCCCCAAGCUUGACCAAUCAGCCUCAGUUCCCAGACUUCUUGCGGAAUUAUUAUAGUUUAAUGCUGCACCCUGCCUAUCCCUCAUUCAGUGCUAUAUAUUCUGACGGUGCUAGGAACUUUCCUUUUGCUCCUAUGGAUGAUUUGCGCACAGAUUUCACCAUGCCAAAAAGACCAAGAUUAAGUGAGCCCUUCAGGGAACCAAGCCCUGAUCUCCGGUCGCCAAAAACAUAUCCAUGUAAUGUGUGUGAUAAGGUCUUCAAGAAUCAAUUUUCUCUGGACUCUCACAUGGAAGAGCAUGUCAUUGUUGACCAUCAGCUGGAAGCCGAGGCAGGGGCUGCAUGCAAGACAUGCAAAACUGUUGCCAAAUCUGAGCAAAGCCUUCUUCUUCACAUCAUGACUCACCAUAAAAAAGAGGAAGAUGUUGCUGAACCAGACACAAAGCCUGGCAAGAAAUCUCCUUCAUCACCAACGCAGUCAUCUUCCAGCACCGCUGUCAACAGCAGCAACAAUGGCACCAACAGCAGCAGUAUUUGCUUUCAGGAUCUCAGUUUUGCAGAUUUCACCUGUAAGAAGUUCUCUUUGAUUGCCAAAGCUUUUAUUGAGGGCAGCCCGCAAGUCAAAGGGUCUAAAAACCCAUUGUUCAAGUGUAAUGAGUGCGGCAAAGAGUUCCCUGUAGAGGGCGCCAAAGAUCUGCACGAGGCAUCCCAUGUCCCAGAGGAGUACACCAAAUGUCCUAAAUGUGACUGCCACUUUACUGAGCCAUCCAGGCUUCAGGAUCACAUGCUGAAGCAUGUCGCAGACAAGAAGUUUCAGAAACAUGCUGAUAUGUCGCAGAACCACUUUCUUAUUCAGUUUGGUCUCAAAGCUAAGGAUGACAAUGGUGAUACUGUAGUUGACGACCAGAACAGUGAAGAAGAUGAGGAGGAAGAUGGUGUCUAUUGUGGCCCCGUGAAAGAAGAGAAAAAGUCAAGUACCACUGAUGAUGAAGACGAUACUGAGUCUCUAAACAUUUUAAACAACUCUCCCAUCAGCGUGCCCAAACUAGACAUGGCUUCCACAAAACUCUUAUCCUUAACCACCUCCAGCACACCAACAAAACAUAGGGCAGUAUUCCCCAAAAUUUUGCUCCGGGAAUCACUCCUGGGCACACAUCUGCUUUCUUCAUCAAAGUCAUACUGCGACAGUGACUCUGAGCAUGACAUUGCGGACCUUCCAGAUAGAGCUCUGCUCCGUAAAUUUCCUUGCAAAUACUGUGAUAAAGUAUUGACCAACCCUCAGGAACUGAAGUUGCAUCAAGGCACCCACAGAAGCACUUCCCAGUUGCAGUGUCGUGUGUGUAGCUACACAAGCACGGAUAAAAGCAGCCUCAUGAGGCACAUGCGCACCCACAGCGGUGAGAGACCAUUUAAGUGCGGCAUCUGCGAGUACUCUUUUACUACCAAGGCUAAUUGUGAGCGUCACAUGAAACAAAAACAUAACUUGGAGAAAGAUCGGUUGUCUGACAACCUAGUGUAUAAUGAGUAUGUCAUCAGCAAGAGUGACUCCCCCUCACCACCUCUCAAAAGUGGUGGCAGCACCAGACUUGUGUCUCUUCCAUUCCAGUGUACAGUUUGUAAGGCAGAGUUCCAACACAGCCUUGCCCUGGAGCAACACGUUCAAAGUAGCCCCAGUUGCCGAAAAGUGUUUCUAUGCACUUUAUGCAAGAGUUCUUUCAAGUCAAAAACUAUUGCUUCAAGUCACUUGGUGACCUAUCACCCAGAAAUACCCUCCAGAUUUCAGAAUGAGUACAUAGUUCUCAUAGAGAGCCCUCUGUCCUUCACCCCUAGCCCCACACUCACCAGCCCACCUCCUGCACACUCCAAGACUCCUGCAACCUCUCCGUUCAACUUGACCCAUACUGAGGAGUUCAGCAGCCUGGAUGUCAAACCUCCACUUGGGCUCUUUGAUAACAAAAGGCUUCAUCUUGAUGUCAGGAAAAUUGAAACCUCAGAGAAGCCGCUCGACUUCAGCAAGCCCCUUACCAAAACAAGUUGCCAGCCAUCUGCUCAUCGUGGUGCACAGUCUGGCUCCUUUUCUGAGGAUGACCAGCAAUCAGACGAUGCCCCCAUUGAUCUCUCAGUUCAAAGGUCAUCCAGUUCAUCGCCGUGGGGGAAAAGUCCUACCAUUCAAAAUCAGAGUCCCUACAGCAUAAUGAGACACAGCAAGGAUUACUUUGGAGAGCUUGCUCCCUCCUCCUCCUCCUCUAAGCGCUCCACAUCUUCCAGUAGCUUCGAUCUUGCCCCCAAUAAACGUUCUAGUGACGGGAACAACAACAGCUUGUCUCCCUCUUCCACUCGUCUUCUUUUGCCCUUCUCACCAACACUUAAGCCACAGAAACCGUGCCCUGGGUCAACUCUAGCUAGCCUUGAUGUGAAGCAGCCAGUCUUCCCAUUGUUAACCCAAACUCUAAAGCAAGCAAUUUUAACUCCCCCAACUCAGCUAGUCCUAACUCCUCCUGCUAGUUCAGCUACUGGGAAAGAUAAGCUUGGUUUGGACCAAAAAAUUGGGCUUCAGCAGAACUUACAAGAUAGUAAUAAGGCUGCCCCAAAGACAGAGAAGAAUAAAGACGUUGAGAAAACUAGUGAUGAGUCUGAGCUCAAAGCUCAAAAAGGAAGCUCUUCUGAAAGUGACUCAGGCAGUGAGCUGGCAUCUGUCAAUAAAAUUCUUGAUGCUGCCAGCGUACAAAGCUUCCAAGAGUAUUUGAGCAUAGCUGAAAAUGAGGAACUAGAUGCAAAGUCUGUGUCCAGCAGCGAUGACUCCAAUCAGAGUUUAGAAAACAUGUUUUCUAACUCGCAGUCUUUCAAUUCUGGCACCAUGCCGAGCUCUAAAUCAGACGAUGGUUCCAAAUCUAAGCCGGAGGACUCCACCUCUGAUGAAGGGGAGGGAACUGAUGGCAGUCCACCUUCUGUCACUGUCAAUGUUGCAUUAAUUGAUAACACACUUCCAAAAGUAUUUAGAGACAGACAGUACAAACAGAAUAAGGAGGAUAUCAUUGAUGAUCCCAGUAACAUGUCGAAACAAACUAUUGCUGAGCUGAUUGAGAAAGUGUCCAAGGAGAAAUCCGACUCUCCAACCAAGAAGAAGAGAAAUUCUUACGCUGACUCGCCUCACAAGUUUUCAUGCCCUUAUUGUCCACGAUGUUUUCCAUGGCUGAGCUCAUUAAACAGACAUCUUCUGACUCACACAGGUCAGAAACCUUUCAAGUGUCCUCGCUGUCCAGUCACAUUCUCCACUAAGUCCAACAGAGAGCGCCAUCUGAUACGCAAGCACAAUGUCAACAUGCUAGAUCCAGCAUCUCGCUCCACCAUGGACAGGCCCUACAAGUGUCACCUCUGUGUGUUCAGCUCUUUUUCUACUCAAAGUAAUCUGAUUAAACACUACAAGGACAGACAUGACGGAGUCUCACCACCCAUGAAAGUGCUAGAAGUAGUGGAGAGGUCACUUUCUGAUGGUGAAGGGGAGGAUAGUCAGCUGAAUGGACAUGGUGCCAGCUAUGAGGAUGAAGAAGAGUACAACUCUUUGAUAGAGAUGCGAGGAGGUCUAUCUGACAAAGAAAUAAUGUUGCAAAACUACACACAGGACAGCAACAGUAGCCAUGGCAGCAGUGCUGUAGAUCCACACAAGAAAAGAAAUGCUAUCUUCAACCUCCCAUCUGAUGAAGACCACGUCAAACCUUCUUCUGUCAAAUCAUUGACAGGCGUUACCAACAGGCCUGGCAUAGAUGACACCGUGCUCAGUGACACUAUGAAACAGUUUUUGGAUAAGAGUGUCAAACAGGCAGUGGAGGACAGCCAGCGAAGGGCCAUCGAGAAAGGUUCUAAAUUCAUACUCACGCCUUACAUAGAGAGACACCUGCGACACCUACCUUCUAGUGAUGAUAGUGGCCUUGACCUGACCCUCUAUCCAAAAGAACAGUGCCCAAAGUGUGACAGGGAGUUUUUGAAUCAGAAAAUUCUCAUCAAACACCUAAAAAAUGAGCAUGGGAGUGAUCUUCCCUUUAAAUGCCACAUCUGUGAGAAUUCCUUCAGUUCACGAGUGGAGUGUCUCCAGCAUCAGGCCCAGAGCCACCAGACAGAGUGGAACACUCUCAAGGAUAAGAACGAAAUCACAAAUGUCCAAGUGUUUGGCACAAGGCUGGACAAGAUGAUUGACAAACUCUGUAAACGGGGGAGAGACAUAUUGGAAAAAAAUCGACAGAAAUCUGAUGCUCAAAUAGUCUCAGCUAAAAACAAGAAAAACUCUGGCCACAUCAAAAAGCAAGACUUGCCGUCUGUCAUCAAAGUGCUGCCAAAAGAUAUGGAAGAAGACAAGAAGGAUGUAGACAAGAAGGACAUGGACAAUGCCUCAAAUAAGAAGGAUGAAGAAGUUGUGGAGACUGGCAUCCUGGAGGAGGUCAUCACAUCAGACUACCUACAGAGGAAAGUCUACUGCGCUCUGUGCCCCAAGAGAUUUUGGUCAAUGCAAGAUUUAAAAAGACAUAUGCGCUCACAUACAGGUGAGAGACCAUACAGGUGCGACAUUUGCUUCCAGAAGUUUACAUUAAAACACAGUAUGAAUCGCCAUAAGGCCAACCACCACUCAGACAUAUUAAACCCUCAGGACGGAACCAGUGAAGAUGAUGGCUCUGGAUCUGAUGGCUGUGGUCAGGCAGCAUCCUUGGCUAGCAAUGCACCCGUCUCUACAGCUUCUACCUUGGAAAUGAAUGGAGCUAAAACAGCUAAUGCCAAAGACACCACCAGUGAUGACAACAACAACAAAAACGAUGCCCACACUCAUGAGGAGGAAGAGGAUAUACUUCACAAUCUCUUGGGUGUGGAGAGCUCCACCAUUGACCAGAUUUUCGAGCUGAAGGACUCCGCUGCCAGCAUUUUAGGAGUGGUUCAAAACAGUAAAAAUUAGUUCAGAAUCUUUUGUUAACUCAAGCAUAUGCUACGUAGAAAAACCAAAAUAUGUUACCAUGAAACAAACUUUGAUAGUUUUGGCUUGAACCUUCUUAUUGUUUCAAAUUGCAAUAAAUGAUAACCUAACCAAUUGUACAUAGAUUUUAUAUGUAUUUAAAUUAUUAUAUAUUUGCAAGAGUAUUGCAAGGAUUCUCAAACCCAAACAUGUUUUAGUCCCAUGUAAAAGUAGUAUUAAAACAACUCAAGCUUAUUUUAGGCUAAAGUCUUAACCUCAUGCAAAAAAAAUAAAUAAUCACUAAUUAAUUGUUAUUUUUAGCUAGAGACUUUAUACUAUUGUUUGUUAUCAUAUGUAUUUUUAGCAUCGCAGCUAGCGCCCGUCCAUUUUGUUUUAAUAACAAAUAUUAAUGUAGGUAGAUUGUAUGAAUAUGAAUGAUUGUUCAGCUUGUUGUACAGAAACUUGUCGAGUGACUACUUUGUUUAGUGUUUUAUCAUAAAAGCUCAACAUUUUUCUAUUUUUUAGUGAUUUUUUUCAGAAUGUCAUAUGAUUACUGAUGACAAUCAGUAUAUAUAUAUAUAAACCCAGUUUUAUUGAUUGUUCUCCUCUAUUAAUAUAUCUUCUGUCAUGUGAAGUAUAUUACUGACAUUGUUUGUAGUAUGGCAUUUAUUUAAAAAUAUGACUUGAAAACCCUAAAGUUGAGCACAUACAUUCAAACAUUUGGAAACUGCCUAGUCAUUAGGUGCGAUAGGAGACAACUGUUGACAGUUUGUUAUAAACAUGAUGAUACUAUAACUUUGUACAGGUUGGGUAGCUCAGUUAUUAACAAAAUGCUUGUCCGCCAUUCUAAUGGUCUCUGAUUGUGAUUCUAAAUUGAAGCUGAGUUUUGUUUGCUUUGCAGCAGUGAAAUCUUUCACCAAUACCCCUCCCCCAAGAAUACAAUGUGGGCUUCAGUGCACAGAGAAAAAUACUUUAACUGAAUAGAGAUAUGCACUUUAUAUAUCUUAUAUAGAUCCUUCCUAAUGGUUGGACACAUAAUGCGCCAAGAUGUCUCCACAGAGAUCUUCACACAAAAGUGUGAUGCCAUGUUACAUGAGGGCGACCCUGUUUCUGUUUUCCUCCUUUUGUUUUACUGCUAUCUUUGGGGUCUGUGUUUCAUCAUCAUUAUAAUCAUAAUCAUCAUCUUAUGUGUACUUCAACUCUUCACACCUUUACUGUCUUAGACUUGGUGGUACUGCUGUAAUGCAAUAUUUGAUUGUGUGUCCCCUUAUAUUACACUAGCUAUUACUUUUGACAUGCUUUAUAACUUGAAACCAUGCUUGAUAAUAGUUUCUGUUGAGAGAUGCCGUCCAUUUAUAUUUGCUAGGCCAAAACUAGUUCUAGCUGAGUUUUGUUUUUAUAUUGUCAUAAAUAUUGAUUAUUUGUGAUAUGCCAGGAUAAACUCUAUAUAUAAUUCUCAAACCAGCUUGAAAGCCACAUUUUCCUUUAAAUGCACCAAGUUAGUUGUAAAUGAAAAGUAACAUUUGUCUAAAAUGUCUCUUCAUUUUGGCUCCUAUAUUUGGCUAUGUUGUGGGUGUGCUCCUGACUACAGGAGAUUGUAUUAGAGGCUCAAGAGUCCACGUCCAAGACUGUUCUAACAAUCAAUGGGAUAAUGUCGCCUUCGGAGCUGAUUCCCUUCCUGACUUUAUCGAAGGAGGCUGAUCUGACGAGAUUCUUCUAGCUUUUGAUUUAGUUUUUAAAUUUCUCAGCUGCAGGAAAAAUGUAAUCUCAAAAUUAGUGUUCAUUUUUAUCAAUUUUACCUUAAACUAUAUAUUUAAUCCUAUCAGUUAAUACAUGUGAUAUUUUUAUGAUUGCUUAUUAAAGGUUUAUUUUUCAAAUGGCUUCUAAUAUUUGUAUAUAGCUUUAAUGCAGAAUAUAUUUAUGUCAUAAAUUUUACCCAUUUUUUUUUUACAACUAUUUGUUGUAAGACUAACAUUCCACAAAGUGGAGCACUGUAAUGACCACAGUAAUGACCACUGUAAUGACCACAGUUUUCCGUAAGUUAAAGAUCUGUUGUUUUUUUUUUAAAUCAAAUAGAGUUUUAUUUCUAUUGCAUGUGUGUAUUUUAUUUUAAACUUUAAACAUUAUUCUGUUUUCAUUUUUAAUAGUUUCAUUCCAACCCAUGAGACAAUCUAGAUCUAUUUAUUGUUUAUUUAUUGAAUUUUUGAUAUGUAAAUAAAGAGAACCUUUUUUCAUCUCAAUUGAUAAAAGCAGAACGCAGCAGUUUAAGUUUGGCUUCUUGUAAUAAGCAUAAUGUUACAGCUGAACCGUGUAACUGUAAAGUUACUGCAAGUAAAUGUAUAUAUAUUAUUUAUUCACUUGAUUGUCACAUAUACAGCAAAGAUUUAAAAGUUAUAAAUGCAUUGUAUUGUAGUGGAGCUGUGUAAUUGUUUCAUUUCUUUAUACCUGCUAAAUAAACAGAAUUUGUUUGAAAUGCUGUUUCUUUAUGGAGUAUUUUUGUUCUAUAAGUAUUCAAAGGAUGAGAAAAGAAUUAUGUCCCUUGUAUUACUACAUUUGCAAAUCUGUCUAUUGCAUUGUACUCGUUAAAAAAGUACAAACUAUGUAUAAAAACUGGUUUACAUUCGUGAGUCAUUUUGUGCGUUUAAAAUGUAAUCAAUCCAUAUAACAAUGUAGCAGUAGCCAUUCUGUAUAUUUAUAACAUACAAUGUUUUUAAAGAUGACAUGUAGAGAAAAACAAAACGUGUCUCCCUGACAAGUUGAGUGCCUCCGUCCCUAUAGCUAAUCAUCUGUAGAUAUAGAUAAAUGGAUCUAUAGUGAAUGAGAGAAAUUAUGCAAGGAAUUGUGUUAAUGAUUAUGAGUCUUUAUUGUUUUACCUAAUAAAUUUUUUUGCGUUUGAUUUCUUGUAACUGAUAAUUAUGAGAGGUCUUUAAUUAGACCCAUCUGUAAAGAGUAGCUGUUUUUUGUAUAAAGAAGAUUAGGUCAGUCAUCAUGACUACUAAAUGACGUAAGGUUAUGGGGACAAAAAACAGGCCUUUAGACCACCAGAGGGUCUCAAAAAAACUAAAUUGUUUGUUUUUCAAUGUAAAAAAUAUUAGAGCUUGAUAUACAGAUUUAUGUAAAUUCUUAUAAAACUAAGCAUCCCUUGCAAUGUAUAGUACUUAAUUCUAACAUCAUUGAUGACUUAUAACAUCAUCAAGUAUUAUGUGUCUGGUAUUAUACAUCUACACAAAAGACAUAUAAGAAGUUACAGACUCUUUGUUAUGGAUGUUUUUCUGUUUUGCAUAAAAGGUUUUAUCUUGCUUCCUCAGUUGGUCCAGUACUAUUUGUUUUAAAAAUAUUGCAGAUAAUCUACAAUAUAUCUGUUAAUGCACAAGUAAAAACUAGAACUCGCUGUUAUUAUGCUUUUAAUUUUUUUAAUUUUAUCUGAGCUCCUCCAUGCAAUUCCAGAGAAUUAAAAAAAUCUUAGUCCAACUUUAUAUACCACAAAAUCUUAAGGUCAACUUUAUAUACCACACUGGACUAUUGUGUGACCUGAGAAAGCUUGAAAUGUACAUCACAGCAUUAUCACAAGAAUUGAUUUUUUUUUUCUUUAUUAAGCUUUUGCUAUUUCUAUUAACAACUUUUUAAGAUGUUUGUUUUAUGAGUUUUACUGUAUGUUAGUUAGAUUGACAGUAGAAUAAACUGACUUUUGAUCAACA